AGAAAUCAAAACAAAGCAGACAUUAAUGAGUACCACCUUGGCAAUAGGAGGAGGAAUUAUAGAUACAAUUAGAUACAUCCCCCCUUCUUCUCCCACAUUUAUAAAUCAUACAUUUUCCCACUGUUUUUUCACCAUUCCUCUUUUCCCUUCUCACUUCACAAACACAAUCCAAAACAAACACCGCCCUUGCUCCUCCUCCUCCUCCUCCUCACCUCCAAUUCUCGCUUCAUCCUCUCUCUCCGAUAUGGAUGCUGUAAGAGGCCAAGGCAUGUAUCCUUUGCACCGUUGCAAGACUAUCCACUUGGUGAGACAUGCCCAAGGUUUCCAUAAUGUGGCUGGAGAAAAGGACCACAGUGCAUACAUGUCCCCAGAGCUUUUUGAUGCAGCACUAACCCCACUUGGCUGGCAACAGGUAGACAAUCUUCGGAAGCAUGUUCAUUCCACAGGUCUUUCAAAGAAGAUUGAAUUAGUAGUUGUUUCCCCUUUAUUAAGGACUAUGCAAACAGCUGUUGGGGUUUUUGGCGGAGCCGGCUUUGAUGAUGGCAUCAAUGCAGCUCCUCUAAUGACAGAAAAUGCUGGGAAGAGUAAUCGUCCAGCAAUUUCAAGUCUAAAUGCCCCGCCGUUCGUGGCAAUGGAACUUUGUCGAGAGCAUUUGGGAGUUCACUGGUGUGAUAAGAGAAGGAGCAUAACUGAGUACAAGCCUCUUUUUCCUGCUAUUGAUUUUUCAUUGAUAGAAACUGAUGAGGACACUCUCUGGACUCUGGAUGUUAGAGAAGCUGAUGAAGACCUAGCUGAGAGGGGCCAAAAGUUCUUGAACUGGUUGUGGAUGCGAGAGGAGUCUGAGAUAGCUGUUGUAACACACAGUGGAUUCUUGAUUCAUACCCUUUCUGCAUUUGGAAAUGACUGCCAGCCUCCCGUGAAGGAAGAGAUCUGUAAACCAUUCAACAAUUGCGAACUUCGAUCGAUGGUGUUUGUGGAUAGAAGCAUGGCCGCUACAAGUUCCUCAAAAACUAAUUUCCCAGGCAAAAUUCCAGAUGGAAUGGACGCUCCUAGCGAAGAGGCUGUCGCGAAAAACUGAUGGUUGUCCACAUAAUUGUUUAGGAUUGAAAGGAAAAUUGACUCUGAUUUUUCCUGAACAUAGCUAAGUUAUUCAGUGAGGUAGAUUCAUCAUCCCCUUUUACAUCAGGGGAAGUAUUAUUCUGGUUCAUUUUGAAGUAGCUUAAGUUACUUAAACUCGUAUCAUGACAUACUUUUUAUUGUUAAAGACAGGCGUUAGCAGAAAAUCUCUAUUUUGUUAUCAUUUUAUGACAUUAAUAUUGAAGAGUUUUUUGUAGUA